AUGGGCUGGAACUCAUUGCAAUCUUUCGGAUGUGGAGGUGGUUGCUUACGUAAUCCAUACGGUUGCGUCAAGCAUGAAACUAUCAAAUGGAUAGCCGAUAAACUUGUAUCGGAAGGUUGGAGAGAUUUAGGUUACAAAUAUGUGAUACUUGAUGAGUGCUGGCAGGAUAUUACACGAGACAUUUGGACAAACAAGCUUAUAGGUGAUAAAUUCAGAUUUCAUCAAGGUAUGAAAGCACUCGGAAAAUACAUACACUCAAAAGGCUUGCUGUUCGGAAUAAAUAUUGGUUCUGGGACUACCACGUGCAAAGGUUUUCCGGGAAGUGCACAUUUUCUGGAAUUGGACGCUAAGACUCUUGCUGAAUGGGAAGUGGAUUAUGUGAAGAUCAAUUCUUGUAACACUCCUCCGCAUUCUCUACUUGACGUUUUUGAAAAGUUCGUGAAAAAUCUGAACAAAACUGGCAGACCGAUGGUGAUUCUCUGUAAUUAUAUUUCGUAUGAUCAAUGGUUCAAUAAACCACAUCUGAUUGACUGGAAACGUUUGAAAAACACCUGCAAUCUAAUACGAGAUCCGAUCAACAUCGAAAAUAGUUGGUCAUCUGUGUCAAGGAUUAUAAAUCAGUAUAUACUGCGGAACGAUAUAUUAGUGAAAACGGCUGGUCCAGGAACAUGGAACGAUCCAGACAUGAUGAUAUUAGGACAUUCUGGUCUCUCAGAUGAUCAAAAGCGUGUUCACAUGGGUAUGUGGUGCAUGUUCGCUGCCCCACUGCUAAUCACAACUGACAUGGUGAAGUGGGACAAAGUUAGUGCAUCUCUGUUCAGCAACAAAUACCUGAUAGCCAUAGAUCAAGAUAAAGGUGGACAUCUGGCAGAAUAUAUCACCACACGAAAUGAUGUGCAGGUG